AAACAUCAAAAAGGACACACUAGACUUAAUUAAAAAUGUUAAGAUUAUCAAAAAAAGGAUUGCCUAGACCUGACCAAAUUCAAGAUGAAGAAACUUACCUGGAAAAUUUAUCAGUACAGAGAAAUGCUUCUGCUUUUUUUGAAAAAUUUGAUCGAAGUGAAGUACAAGAGUUGCUAACUACUACACUAGUUAGCUGGUUGUCUUCCAAAGAAGAUGUCCGCUCGCAAUUAGACAACCCAUGUGGAAUUAUGAGUCAAAUAAAUAAUGUAGGCUUCUCCAGUGCAAUCCUGCUAACUCCUGUGGACUCUUCUGCCCUCUUAGAUUACAGAGAAGUUCAUCAGAUCAUAAGAGAAUUGUCUGUUGGAAUUUAUUGCUUAAAUCAAAUUCCUUCAAUCAGCUUAGAAGCUAAUUAUGAUCAGAGUUCUUCUUGUCAGUUACCUCCAGCUUAUUAUGAUACCAGGAUUGGCCAAAUUCUGAUCAGUGUUGAUUACAUGCUGAAAGCACUCUGGCAUGGAAUUUAUAUGCCUAAAGAAAAGCGAACCAGAUUCUCUGAAUUGUGGCGUACCAUUAUGGACAUUGAUCCAGAUGGGAAGCCUCAGACAAAUAAAGAUAUUUUUACAGAGUUUAGUUCAGCAGGUUUGAUUGAUAUUACAAAGGACCCAGACUUUGAUGGAAUCUAUGAUGAAGAUUUGAAUGAAGAUCCAACAUAUAAUCCCAAUAGCUCUGAUGAAAAAGCUAUAUUUAUGAAAUACAUUGAAAAUAUUAUGCUAAAGUUGACAUUCAGUACCACACAAGUUCAACAGUAUGAAAAUGUUUUUAUAUUUGAAGCAGCCUAUUGGCUUACUAAUGCUAUAAAAUUUAAUCAGGAUUAUCUUGAUAUUUGUACCUACCAGAGAAUACAGCAAAGGUUGUAUCUUCAAAAAAAGAUUAUUCAAAAACACUUUGAAAAGAAAAAAGAAAUCAGAAGAGGGCUAGGAUACUUAAAGUUAAUAUGUUUUCUGACUCCAUUUCUGCUGAGUUUAAAAAGGAAGAUGAAAGUUCCAUAUUUAAAUAGUCUGCUUCAGCCCUUUUCAGAUGACAAGGUCAAGACAGAGAGAGAAUUGCCUCCAUUUAUUUAUGGACAAGAUUUUAAAUGCCAGAAUUUUCACUACAAAGAGGAUCAGUAUUUUCAUGUGCAUGGAGGAAUUGAAUUUGAUAUCAGCACUCCUUCAAUUGAGAAUGCUUUGGAAGACUUUAAGAACAAUUUAGAAAAAAUACGGGAUUGUGCUGCAAAUACAUUUGUAGAAGACUCAGGAUACAAGGAGUAUUACUCAAUACCGGUCAUGGAAUUAAAUGGAAAAAGCUACUAUGUGAUCUGUUUUGAACUUGAAACUUUCUAUCAGCAACUAUAUAAAACACAGUGGUGGGGUGUCAUAAAUGAAAUAGUCAACACUAUGAGGCUGAAAAGACUUCCACUGACAGACGCUCAAUUACAUGAGCAAUUUAAGAAAAAAUUUGGUUUCAAAAAAGCUAUCAAAUGCAAGAGUAUCCCAUUUGGUAUGAAGUCUGCUGUUGAAAGAGGAUUAUCUGCUGUUUUCUAUACAUUUAGCCGUAAAACCUCAAGCUCAACAAUCAAUGUCUCAGAUGAAGCAGGUUAUACUAUUUUCCAUCAUGCUGCUCUACACAACAGAGUUUCUAUUGUAUGUCAGCUGUGCAAUUCCAACUUCAACAUAAACCAGAGGCGCUUUGUUAUGGUUAGCCAAGGUCCGACCCCUCUCCAUUUGGCUGCUCAGGCUUGCUCAUUAGAAACGACCAUCUGUCUACUCUGUUUCAAAGCUGAUUACCUGCUUUCUGAAAAGAGAGGCUGGAUGCCAAUUCAUUUUGCUGCUUUCUACGACAAUAUCUGUAUCAUCAUUGCUCUCUGUAGGAAGGAUCCUAGUUUGCUAGAAGCUGAGGCGACAGCUGAGAAUCAGUGUACCCCACUGUUACUGGCUGCCACCUCAGGAGCAUUGGACACUAUUCAGUACCUAUUUUCUGUUGGUGCUAACUGGAGAAAAACAGAUAUUAAAGGAAAUAAUAUAAUUCAUUUAUCAGUGCUAACCUUUCAUACAAAGGUUCUUAAACAUAUCAUUGACUUAAAUAUUCCUGAACUCCCAGUUUGGAAAACUUUGGUAGAAAUGUUGCAGUGUGAAAGUUACAAGCGAAGGAUGAUGGCCGUCAUGUCCUUAGAAGUAGUUUGCUUAGCAAAUAAUAGAUACUGGAAAUGCAUUUUGGAUGCAGGCACCAUUCCUGCCUUAAUCAAUCUAUUGAAAAGUUCCAAAAUAAAUUUACAGUGCAAAACAGUUGGGUUAUUGAGUAAUAUCUCAACCCAUGAAACAGUGGUACACGCCAUAGUCGAGUCAGGAGGAAUCCCAGCGCUCAUCAACCUGUUGGUUUCUGAAGAACCUGAACUACACUCUCGCUGUGCUAUCAUCCUUUACGACAUCGCUCAACGUGAAAAUAAGGAUGUUAUUGCCAAAUAUAAUGGAAUCCCAGCUCUUAUAAAUCUCUUGAAAUUAGACAUAGAAGAUGUGCUAGUAAAUGUGAUGAGCUGUAUACGGGUGUUAUGUAUGGGAAAUGAAAGCAAUCAAAGAGCAAUGAGAGACCAUAAAGGCAUCCAGUAUCUUAUAACAUUUCUGAGUUCUGAUUCAGAUGUUCUGAAGGCUGUAUCUUCUGCUACCAUUGCCGAGGUUGCACGUCACAACAGGGAAGUUCAGGAUGCGAUAGCAAUGGAAGGAGCCAUCCCUCCUCUGGUGGCUCUCUUCAAAGGGAAGCUUAGUGUCCAACUGAAAGGUGCAAUGGCUGUGGAAUCACUGGCAAAUAACAACCCUCAUAUACAAAAAGCAUUUCUGGAAAGAUCAUUAACGAAAUAUCUCUUAAAACUCCUCAAGGCAUUUCAAAUAGAUGUUAAGGAACAAGGAGCUGUUGCACUCUGGGCCUUGGCAGGACAAACACUGAAGCAACAAAAGCAUAUGGCAGAACAGAUUGGAUACAACUUUAUAAUAAAUAUGCUUUUGUCACCAUCAGCUAAAAUGCAGUAUGUUGGAGGGGAAGCUGUCAUAGCUCUCAGUAAGGACAGCAGGCUGCAUCAAAAUCAAAUAUGUGAAGGGAAUGGAAUUGCACCAUUGGUUCGUUUACUGAGGAUUAGCAAAAUUGCAGAAGGCACUCUUCUGAGUGUCAUCAGAGCAGUGGGAUCCAUUUGUAUUGGUGUGGCCCAUACAAGCAAUCCUAUUAGUCAACAAUACGUUGUAGAUGAAAAUGCCUUGCCGAUACUUAUUCAGAUUCUGAGAACUCACCCUUCUCCAAUUAUUAAGGUUGAAGUGGCAUUUUCUUUGGCAUGCAUUGUCCUAAGGAAUGAUCAGUUACAGAAUGAAUUACGAAAACGUGAAGGAUUUGAGUAUGGUGACGUCCUUUAUCUUAUUCACUCACCAGAAAAGGAUAUUUGCUUAAGAGCAUGCUAUGCAUUAACCCUCUUUGCCUUCAAUAAUUGCUUUCAACAAUACUUAAUACUGGAAAGGGGAAUGAUGACCAUAUCAAUUUUUGAGCCUUUUCUUGAAUCAACAGUUGAAACUGAGAGGGCAAUGGCAGCAUUUCAGAUUAUUAUUUUAGCUAAAGUCAUUAUUGAUGUUGACCAUAUCAUUCUGUCUGCAAGAGGAGUUACCAUUUUAGUGGAUAGCCUCUAUUCAGUUCAUUCCAGUACUCUUAUCUUGACAGGGAACUUAAUAGCUACCCUUGCUCAUUCUAGAGCUGGUAUUCCAGAAGCAUUUACCACAUUAGGGACAGUUCAACGACUCUGCUAUCAUUUGUACUCAAGGAAAGAAGAGGUUCGUACAGCUUGCUCCUGUGCGCUUGGCUACUUAACUUACAAUGCAAAUGCCUUCCGCAUCCUCUUAAAGGAAUGCAGGAAUAAGCCUAAUCAGUUCCUUCGUUUAACAAGUAGUAUCAGCAGAGAUGCAAAUAUUAACCCUGCAUUUUUAAAGGAAUUUCAAAUGCAGCAAAGAGUGGGACUUCCUUCCUUAAGUCUGGAGCAAAAUGGAGGGCCAUCCAUAAUUCCUGUCUUUAAAAAAGGGAAAGAGCAUCGAAGAAAAUUAAAGCCUAAAAUUCAACCAAGAGAUUCUUUGACUUUACUGCCUCCUGUAACUAACUUCAUGGGACUCUUCAAUACAACAAGUAAAACCAAUGUUUCUCAAAAUGUUUUUUCCUUUUCAUCUGCAAUUUCAUCAGAUAUCAUAAAUGUAUCAAGACCAAGAAUAGUGUUUUUGAGUCAACUUGGAAAAAACAUACAGAAAGCUAACUUGGAGCCAGGAGAGGGCCAAUAAAAGCAUUUUAAGAGGAAA